GUGUAUAUUCAAGUAAUAUAACUUUAUAUUACCGUAAUUCACCGUAUCUUGUGCAAAGUGAUUUGACAAUCGAAACGAAAGCUAUUUUAACAAUUGAAACAGGAGUACGAAUUUAUUUUGAUAAUGGUAUUGGUAUUAAAAUUAAAGGAGCUAUUUGGGCUAUG